AUGCCAGUCCUUCACUCUGGUUCGACGGUCAGCUUUGUGAACCGACGGAAUGCGCACCGACAUGGCUUUCGCGUACCAGUCAAGCCGAACCCCCAGCCGACGAGGCCAAAGGCCAACAGCACCGGUGCACAGUCAAGAAACCGUUCGACUCCGGUCGACCUUGCAGCCCUGACUCGAAAUAUCCGCUACCGACAACGUGCGCGUGCCAACGGACUCGCCACCGGCGACAGCGCAGACACUCUCCGCGAAAAGCGCCGCUGGGUUCAGAACGAAUUCGACGCAAGCCGCAUCAAUGGCAAAGCGACGCGUGAGCUGCACGAUCUAUACAACAAAGAGAAAUAUCGGCAAGCCACAGCAUCAGCGGAAAAUGGCUCAAAGCGUUUCCGACGCCGCCUGAGAAGCCAAACAGCGGCUUGA